AUGACCGUCAGAGCAAAGGAGCGCCACCUAUCGGUGAGGCUACUCGAUGCCUUUGCUUCAAAUUCCUCACGCUUGCGGGUCGACGUCCAUGUCGUACCCGAAGGUCGCCUUCGCCUAUGUGUCAAACCCGGCUACCCGCCCCACUUCCGGUUCCACUUCAAUGUCGAUGUCAACGUCAUUGUCAACCCCGCCCUCCUUCCUGCACCGGCUCCUACUAUCCUGCCCUCGUACGUGCUCGGACAGGUCGUCGCGCCACUCUCGUCUUUCGCGAAGAGGAAUGCGCGAGAGGAUGGGUGUGGCGGAGAGGAUGGGCGUGCGGGAGAGGAUGGGCGUGUUGGAGCGGGUGAAGGGUAG